AUGGCGACGGUGCUCCAACAGCCGCUCAGUCUGGAUCGAGAUGUGGCCCGAGCCAUCGAGCUGCUGGAGAAACUGCAGGAGUCUGGCGACGUUCCCGGCUACAAGCUGCAGUCGCUGAAGAAGGUUCUCCAGAGCGAGUUCUGCACCGCCAUCCGCGAGGUGUACCAGUACAUGCACGAAACCAUCACCGUGACCGGAUGCCCCGAGUAUCAGGCCAGAGCCACGGCUAAGGCUACCGUGGCCGCCUUCGCCGCCAGCGAGGGCCACUCGCAUCCGCGGGUGGUGGAGCUUCCCAAAACGGAAGAAGGUCUGGGCUUCAACGUGAUGGGGGGCAAGGAGCAGAACUCGCCCAUCUACAUCUCACGCAUCAUUCCGGGCGGGGUGGCCGAGCGCCACGGCGGACUCAAACGAGGCGACCAGCUCCUGUCCGUCAACGGGGUGAGCGUGGAAGGUGAACACCACGAGAAAGCGGUGGAGCUGCUGAAGGCGGCCAAGGACAGCGUCAAGCUCGUGGUACGCUACACGCCCAAGGUCCUGGAGGAGAUGGAGGCCCGCUUCGAGAAGCUUCGCACCGCCCGCCGCCGCCAGCAGCAGCAGCUGCUCAUGCAGCAGCAGCAACAGCACAACAUGCCCGCUCAGCAGAAUCACACGUCGUAG